AUGACGGCUUCUAUCGACUAUCAUCAUUCACGUUAUGGAUUUAUUAGUUAUUACCAAAUUAAAUGGGUUAUGAUUGAAAACCAAAGUUAUGUGAAAGAUUUCCACAGUGACCAAAAUCCUCUAGUCUUAGGUUUCUCGGCAGACCCACAAUCACCAGAUGGGUGUUUCGGUGGUGAAUUGCAGCCACCAGACAGAGGUAGUAUUGGUGGUGAUCCACAGCCACCAGUUGGAGGUUUUGGUUGCGAAGUACAGCCACCAGUUGAAGGUUUCGGUGGUGAUCCGCAGCCGCCAGUCGGAGGUUUUGGUGGCGAUCCACAGCCACCAGAUGGAGGUUUCGGUGUCGCUCCACAGACACCAGCACCACCACUUGGAAGUUUCGGUGGUGAUCCGCAGCCACCAGCCGGAGGUUUCGGUGUCGCUCCACAGCCACCAGUUGGAGUUUUCAGUGGCGAUCCACAGCCGCCCGAUGGUGGUUUUGCUGGCAAUCCACAGCCACCAGUUGGAGGUUUUGGUGUUGAUCCGCAGCCACCAGUUGGAGGUUUCGGUGUUGAUCCACAGCCACUACCGCCCGAUGGUGAUUUUGCUGGCAAUCCACAGCCACCAAUUGGAGGUUUUGGUGUUGAUCCGCAGCCACCAGUUGGAGGUUUCGGUGUUGAUCCACAGCCACUAGUUGGAAGUUUCGGUGUCGCUCCACAGCCACCAGCCGGAGGUUUCGGUGACGAUCCACAGCCGCCCGAUGGUGAUUUUGCUGGCAAUCCACAGCCACCAGUUGGAGGUUUUGGUGUUGAUCCGCAGCCACCAGUUGGAGGUUUCGGUGUUGAUCCGCCGCCUCCAGACGAAGAUUUCGGUGGUGAACUACAGCCACCAGCCGGAGGUUUCGGUGUCGCUCCACAGCCACCAGUUGGAGGUUUCGGUGUGGAUCCGCAGCCGCCCGAUGGUGGUUUUGGUUGUGAACCACAGCCACCACCACCAGUUGGAGGUUUCGGUGUAGAUCCAGAGCCACCCGAUGGUGAUUUUGCUGGCAAUCCACAGCCACCAGUUGGAGGUUUCGGUGUCGCUCCACAGCCACCAGUUGGAGGUUUCGGUGUUGAUCCGCAGCCUCCAGACGAAGAUUUCGGUGGUGAACUACAGCUAUCAGCCGGAGGUUUCGGUGGCCCGACCCCCCCUGUAAGAAAUGUGGAUAACUUUGGAAGGGAUAAAGCACUAACGACGGGAUAA